AGAGGAAACACCCAAGAAUUUCAUAUGAGUGUAAGGAUCCACCAACACUAACAUCUCCCGGCUCCUCUUUACUAAGUUAGCAUUUUGUAGUAGUAAGAUAGUAUUUAUGACAAAUUUCAACAAGGUGCAUUGUUGUCACUUUCACCACUGGAAUGUCUUUGAUGGAUCAUCGACAACCUUGGUUUCAGCUCGUUCUGAUUCUGAUCCUGGUUACUAAUUCAAAAGGAGAAACAUGGGGUGUGAACGUGACUCGAAGCUUCACAGCAGAAAGAGGCAAAAGUGUGACCAUACCAUGUACGUUCAGUGUCCCGCCACAGGAAUACCAUGAAAAUAUUCAGCUUUUCUGGAAAGUACCAGUGAGGAGUACAUUUAAUACUUAUGACAGGGAUGGAAACGCGUUUAUUUUUCACCCCAAUCGCACAUUUGUGCUCAAGGAGUACCAAGGAAAGACCGAGCUCCUCGGACAAAGAAACGGGCAACCAAAGAACUGCACCCUUAGAAUUUCACAUUUCAUGAACAACCAACUACGUAUUUACUUGAGAAUUAUCGGCAAGACCAAUAACUACACUUUUGGGAAAAACAUUGUCACUAUAUCUGUGUCUGGCAAAGGCGUCCUUGAUAAAGCAGUCACUGCCCUGACAACGGCACUUAUACCUGACAUGGAAGGAACAGAACAGCCGGUGACCGGGCAGAUAUCCCAAACAUUGAACAUUGCCAUCUUUGUACCAUUGGCUGCACUUUUCAUUCUUCUUGCAUCUGCUGCUGGGUUUGUGGUUUGGAGAAAACAAUCCAGGUCACAAUCUUUAGUGAGGGAGUGCUCUGGAUAUUAUGCAAAUUUCAGCAGAGCCUCAUCAAACCAAGCCACAAGAAAAGAAAAUUGCCAGAAAAAAGAUAACAAAAAGCUUUCAGAUGUGAAGGUCAUAGAUGAACCUGUUUACAUUAACAUGCAGCACCCUACAGGUCAGCUGAAACCAGAAGUGGAUCAGGAACGGGGUCAUAAAGAGAGUAUAUAUGCAAAUGUAGACCACUAUGAAUAGCAAAAAAAGUCAAACUCUAUUCAUUCCAUUUGUUGUUGUCAGCAAUUCCUAAAUAGAGCUAAUAGUUUUUUGUGUGAAAUUUGUGAUUUUGUUAAAAAUAAUAAUAAAUAAUAAUAGAUGUAAGAUCGGAACUAUAAUGUCAGAAUGUAAUGGAUGUGGGAAUGAUGGAACUUUGCAGAUCAUUCCCAAUCCUAAUGUGAAACAUGAACACAUUUCCCUUUUCUGUGCAUUAUAACACAAGAAAACAAGUUAAUAUGAGCUAGCUAACAAUGCAUAUCAUUGGGACACACCGAUUUCGACUAUGAAGCCCUCUAAAACGAGGUGCAAAAAAAAAAAAAACUUAAACUAUAUUAGGAAAGCAGGAAGUGAACAAAUGUAACAGUUACUGAUUGUAAAAGUACCAGAUGGAGGGGUAGGAUUUAAUAAUCUUUGCUUCUUCCUACUUCUUUUGGACAUGUGGAACUGUGAACUGAUUAUGGGAUGCAUUCAAUUGUAAUCUGAUGCAGUAACUGUUACAUUUGUUCACUUCCUGCUUUCCAUAAUAGAGUUUAAAGUUUUGUUUGGUUUUUUUUUUAAAUAAUGUACCUUGUACCGAAGUACGAGAUGAUGGUGUUUUUCUGUUUGAAAAAAAAAAUAAAUAUCCAGAUCAAGGAUAAA